CGCGCGGCCGCCGCCGCGGAGCCCGCCCGGGGCGGACAGGUCCCGCGGCCGAUGCGGCGCCAUGAGCGAUCGGGCUGCGCGGGGCCGGCGCUACAACUGCCUGAGCCUCAGUGAGAGCUACCGGGGGCGGCCGCUCGAGCCCCCCCGCGCCGCCGGCGCCCCCCGCCAUGGGCUGCAGAGCCUGGGCAAGGUGCCCACCCGGCGCAUGCCCCCCCCCGCGCACCUGCCGAGCCUGAAGGCCGAGAACAAAGGAAACGACCCCAACGUGGCCCUGGUGCCCCGCGACGGCUCGGGAUGGGCCAGCCGCAGCGACCCCCCCGACCUCCGCAGUUCCGAGCCCUCCGCCCCUCCCCCGCCGCAGUCGCCGUCACCGCCGGAUUCGCAGCCGCCUGCGAGCGGCACCGGGGGGACACGGACCCCGGGGACCCCCGAGAACCCCCCCCCGCCGCCAAGCGCGGCAAAGUCCUGGGCGCAGGCCAGCGGUUCCCCCGCCGAUGGUGCCAGGGCCCCCCCCCUCCCGGGCCGGUUCUCACGGGAGGAGUUCCCCAGUUUGGGGGCGGCCGCCGAGCGGGGGAGGGGCGGCCGCGAGCGGGGGGGCGCUGCCGACGCGUCGGGUGGGCGCGCACCGAGCCCCCGCCCCCACGGCGGCAGCUGGCGGGAGGGGCGCGGGGCCGAGGAGCCGCCGGCCGAGGGGGGGGGAGCCCCCCCCGGGCCCCCCCACUUCCCCCCGUACCGGGGGGUGAUGCCACCCUUUAUGUACCCCCCGUACCUGCCCUUCCCGCCGCCCUACGGGCCCUUCCGCAGUCCCGACGCACAGAGGUUCCCGCGGCCGGGGGGUCCCCGUGGGGCUGCGGCCCCACCCCGGGGGGGGUCGCCCCCGUCCCGGCCCCCCGUCCUGCGCCAGGACGAGCUGCGGGAGUUCGAUGAGCUGGACCAGGAGAACGACGAGGGCUGGGCCGGAGCGCACGAGGAGGUCGAUUACAGCGAGAAGCUCAAGUUCAGCGAUGAGGAGGACGGGCGGGACGAGGACGAGGACGAGGAGGGGAAGGAGAACGAGCCUCCGGCCCCCCCCGAGGCACCGCCCCCCCCCAGGGAGGAGCCGCCGCCCCCCAAGUCCCCCCCGGAGGCGCCCAAGGAGCCGCCGCCCCCCCCGGCCACACAGGUGACGGUGGCUGCCUGUAAGUGUCACGCAGGUGUCUGUAGGUGUCACACAGGUGUCAUGGGUGUCACACAGGUGUCAGUGGGUGGCUGUAGAUGUCACGGGUGUCACACAGGUGUCACACAGAUGCCGGUAAGUGGCUGUAGGUGUCACACAGGUGUCUGUAGUGGCUGUAGGUGUCACACAGGUGUCACACAGGUGCGUGCAGCUGUCCCAGGUGUGUCACACAGGUGUUGUGCCCGCAGGACGAGGACGAGGCGUGGCGGCGGCGCCGCCGGCAGAGCUGUGCCGAGCUGUCGCAGGCGGGUGGCGCGGGCGCGGCGGCGCCGCGAGGCCGAGGAGCGCCGCAUGGCCGAGCAGCGCCGCGCCGCCUGCGCCGAGAAGCUCAAGCGCCUGGAUGAGCGCUUCGGGGCCCCCCCCGAGCGCCGCCCGCCCGCGGGGACCCCCCCGGGGCCCCCCUCCGGCACCGCCGAGGCCCCCCCGGGCCCCCCUGAGCCCCCGCCCGCCCCCCCUGAGGCCGCCCCGGAGCCGCCAGAGCCGCGGGAGGAGCCCGAGAGCAGCGGGGGAGCCCCCGGGGCCGCAGCAGAGCCGCCUCUCCCCGAGGUGCCCCCUGAGCCCCCCGAGGAGCCGCCGCCACCCCCCCCGGCCCCUCCGGCUGCCGCUGCGCCCCCCAAGGGGGACCCUAAAGGGGAGGGGGGGGCGGCCCCCCCACGCCAGCCCCCCCCGGCCCAGCCCCCUGCGUACCCCAAGUACCAGAAGUCGCUGCCCCCCCGGUUCCAGCGCCAGCAGCAGGAGCAGCUCCUCAAGCAGCAGCAGCAGUGGCAGCAGCAGCAGCACGGCCCCCCCGCGGCCCCCCCUGCGGCCCCGCCGGCGCUGGGGGCUCUGGGGGCGGGGGUGCCCCCCCCCGGCGCGGCCCCCCCGGCCCCCCCCGGCCCCCCCAAGCUGUUCGGGGCCCUGGGCCGGCCCCCGGCGCUGCCCCCACUCGGCUUCGACCCCCGCUGGGUGAUGCUGCCGCCCUACGUGGACCCCCGGCUGCUGCCCCCCCGCGCCGCCCCCGUCGAUUUCUACCCCCCCGGCGUGCACCCCUCUGGGCUGCUGCCGCGGGAGCGCUCGGACAGCGGGGGCUCGGGCUCGGAGCCCUUCGACCGCCCGCCCGCGGCCCCCCCGCUGCGGGACCGCGGGACCCCCCCGGGGGACCCCAAACCCUCCUGGGGGGGCGACGCCUUCACAGCCCCCCCCGAGCCGCGGGGGCUGCCCUCGCCCCUGCGCCCCCCCGCCGGCGACGACGACAAGGGGCUGCGGAGUGAGACCCCCCCGGUCCGCCUGCGGGACCCCGGCGCGCCCCCUCCCUACGCCUACCCCCCUUUCGAGAACGGAGGGGGCCCCCCCCUGCCCCGCUUCCCGCCCCCCGCCGCCGAGGACCCCCCCGCGCCCCCCCGGCCCUGGGAGCCCCCCAAGAAGGCGCCGCCCCCCCAGAAAGCCCCGAAGGAGGAAGGGGGGGCGGCGCUGGGGGGGCCCCCCAAGGAGGACGGGGGGGGCCAGCGCCGGCCCGAGCGCCCCCCCCCGCGCCCCCCCCGACCCGCACAAGCCCCCCGCCCCCCCUGGCCCCCCCGGCUCGGGCACCGCCCCCCCCGGGCUGGCGCUGCCCCCGCCCCCCCUCGGCUGUCUUCCGCCUGGACCGGGUGGUCCCGAGCGACCCCGGGGGGAUCCGCAGGGCCCUGGCCCAGCUGCGCCCCAAGGCCGGGACCCCCCGCCCCGGGGGCUGCCCCCCCUGCAGCCCCUGAGCCCCCCCUGGGCCCCCCUCUGGGCCCUCCCGGAGCCCCCCGGGCCGGGCCGGGCCUCGGGGGCUUCUUGGCCAAACGACGCGAAAGGGCCCAGAAUCAGGAUCCCCUGGGGUUCGGGGACCCCCAGCAGGAUGGGCCGGGGGAGCCGCAGGGGAGGCUGAGCCCCCCCCUCUGGAGCCACCUGCCCACCAGUGCCCCCCCCAAGCCGCUGGCCCCGGGGCAGCCCUGGAUCGAGCCCCUCCCCCCGUUUGAGGACGCCGCCAGCCCCGAGCCCAGCCCCUCGGACAGCGGCGUGGAGCUGAGCGGGGACUCGGCCGCCUGCAGCCAGCGCAGCUCCCCCGACGGGGGCCUGGCCCCGAACCCGCCCGGGGGGGCGCAGCCGGGGGGGCCCCCCCUGCCCGAGGGGCCCCCGGAGCCGCGGUGCCGCCUGCCCCCCCCCCGCGAGGACACCCAGUUGUGCGGGGCCCCCCCCACGGCCCCCCCGGGCCCCAUCGGCACCGAGCGCUCCCAGCGAGCCCGGAACCCCCCCGGCGGGGGCGGCGAGGUCUGGGGGCCCCCCCACGGCACCGACGGGGACCCCCGGCCCCGAGAGCGCGGAGAGAAGGAGGGAGUGCCCCCCCCCGGGGGGGGAGACGGGCUCAGCGUUGCCCCCCGGGACUGGGAGCUGCUGCCUGGGGGGGGUCCCGAGGCCCCCCCAAAUCGGCCCCUGGAGUCCAAGGGCCCCCCCGGGGACCCCCCCGGGCCCAGCCAGCGCCCAUUCCCCGAGCUCUGCUACGGGGGGGCUGCAGCCGCCGGGCAGGUGCCCCCCCCAGCCACGGAGCCCCCCCCCGGCAGCAGCAGCAGCUUCCGGCCAGGGACGCCCUCGCUGACCCCGUACAGGCCGGUGCUGGUGGCGGGGGCGGGGCUGCCCCUCCCCCCGCUCAAGGGCCCCUUCAUGGAUUUCCCGGCCCUGGGGGGCCCCGACCUGGCCAAGCUGGGGGGGGGCGGGGGGGGUCCUGUACCCGCCCCCGUUCCUGUACGGGCCCUACUGCCCCGACCCCCCCGUGCUGCAGGUGCGGCAGGAGCUGACCCCGCCCUCGGAGUUCUACGGGCAGGGCCAGAGCAGCUUCCAGCAGAUGCUGCUGCCGCUGGUGGAGCCCCCCCCGGUCCCGCCCGUCGUCAACUUCGGGGCCCCCCCGGCGCCGCCCCUCCCCCUCCUGCCGCUGGGGCGGCUCCUGGCCCCGCCCGCCCGGCCCUUCGCCCCGCCCCCCCACCGCGGGCCCCGCCCCCGCCCGGCCGAGCCCCCCCCCUCCCCCCGGGGCGCCGGCCCCUCCCCCCGCCGCCCCUCCCCCCACCCUGCCUCCCCCCGUCCCCCGUGCCGCCCCUCCCCCCCGGGGUCCCGCCGCCCCCCCAGCGCUUGGGGCCCCCCCCGGGCCCCCCCGGAGCCGCAGCGCCCCAGUGA